GGGAAUCAUGAUACCACUAAUGCUAGAAGAGAGAGUCAUGACCUAGUUGUGCACGACGACUCAGUAGAACUAGGCGUUGCUGAAGCUAAGAAGUCGUCGAAAAGAGCCGCUAGCUUUCCUCCAAGUGACGGGUCUGUGAUUAUUCCCCUGUAUCGCCGAUAUGGAUCCAAGUUCGU